AUGGAUGAUCACCAUGAAACCUACAAGUUAUGGAGAAUUAGAAAGACAGUCAUGCAACUGUGCCAUGACCGUGGUUAUCUGGUAACUCAGGAGGAGUUGGAUCAAACUCUUGAUGGAUUCAAGGCACAGUUUGGUGAUAAGCCAAGUGAAAGAAAGCCAGGUCGCAGUGACCUCAUUGUACUUGUUGCCCACAAUGAUGAUCCAACAGAUCAGAUGUUUGUGUUCUUCCCCGACGAGGCUAAAGUCGGCAUCAAGACAAUCAAGACCUACUGCCAGCGCAUGCAGGAAGAGAACAUCAUGAGGGCUAUCAUUGUGGUUCAGACCGGCAUGACACCAUCUGCGAAACAAGCUCUGGUAGAAAUGGCACCCAAAUAUAUUUUGGAGCAGUUCAUUGAAUCCGAGCUUCUUAUUAACAUCACAGAACACAUGCUGGUUCCUGAACACAAAGUGAUGACGCCAGAAGAAAAAGUUGAACUGCUCAACAGAUAUAAACUGAAAGAAUCACAACUUCCAAGAAUUCAGCAGGGUGAUCCUGUAGCCAGAUACUUUGGACUAAAACGAGGACAGGUAGUGAAAAUUAUCCGACCUAGUGAGACAGCCGGGCGAUACGUCAGCUACCGAUUGGUUGUAUGA